CCACCCCGCGCCCAACUGCACCCAACGUUCCGCAGCGGGGAAAUUUCCACCUCCCGGCCCCGGCUCGUUGCCUCUCGGCGCUUCUCCACCUGCUUUUUCUUCCCCCUCUCCAACUCACAAAAGCGCGCUGUGGGACCCCCGUGCCCGGCAGCCGCGCGGCCCCGAGCUGACGAUGGGCGCCGACAGGAGCGGCGCCGCCACGGGGGGCGGUGCGGGGAGCUGCCCCGGUGCCGGGGAAUGGCGCGGCGCGGAGCCCCCCUGUACGGCGCCCGGGGUCCCCCGGGGGUCCCCGCCGCCCCGGCCCCGGUCUCGCCUCCCCGCCGCAGCCCUGGCACGCGGCCGCGCAAAUAUUUUGGCCUCGGCCACCGCACGCUGCCGGAGCUUUGCCAGCGGGCGGCACGGGGGGAGCGCGGGGAUCUGGAAGGUUCCCGCGGCCCUAUAAAGGCGGGCGAGCUGCGCGGGGCGGUGAGAGGGACCAUGCCGGGUGCUUGGCUGCCGCUGCUGCUGGCGGGGGGCCUCGCCCUGAGCGCUAGCGGAGACCCCACGGCCCUGCUGCGGCGCGGCAACGAUGCCAGCGGGCGAUGUACCUACAGCUUCACGGUGGCCAGCCCCGGCGAGGCCAGCUGUCCCGAGGCGGGCGGCGUAGCCCAGCUGCGCGAGGAGCUGGCCGCGCUCACCGCCCGUCUGAACCGCCUGGAGGGAGCGGGAGGUUUGGGGGGCUCGGGGCCGAGGGGGGCUGAUGUGAGUGGCGUGUGGUCGCGAGGCCCUCAGCGAGCGGCCCCGGGGGGCUGCGAGGAGCUGCAGCGGGCCAAGGAGCGGCUGGAGGAGGAGAAGGGGAGGUUGGAGAGGGAGAAAGAGGAGCUGGGCCGGCGGCUGGAGAGCAGCGCCCAGGAGAUCGCCCGGCUCAGAGCCACCCGCUGCCCCUCCGGCACAGGCGGGGUGCCUGGCCGCGACGCCCCGCGCUCUGCCAGCAAAGCCUCCAGGUGGGAACCGGAGCCCCUCAGCUACCAGGAGCUGAAGUCGGAGAGGACGGAGCUCCCUGCAUCUCGGCUGCUGGAGGAGACGGCGCUCGGCCGCCCGCGAGCUGAGGACUCGGGCUGCGGCGAGCUGGCAUGGGUGGGGGAGCCGGUGGUGCUGGGCCGGGCCGACACCAUCGCCGGCAAAUACGGGGUGUGGAUGAAGGACCCCGAGCCCGUGGCGCCCUUCACACGGGAGACCACAUGGCGCGUGGACACGGUGGGCACGGAGGUGCGCCAGCUCUUCCAGUACGAGGCGGCCGAGCAGCUGGCCCGCGGCUAUCCCGCCAAGGUGCACGUCCUGCCACGGCCCCUGGAGAGCACCGGGGCUGUCGUCUAUCGUGGUGGGCUCUUCUUCCAGCCGCGCCGCUCCCGCGCGCUGGCUCGCUACGACCUGCGGGCUGAGGCCAUCUCUGCCGAGCGGGAGCUGCCUGGUGCUGGCUACCAUGGGCAGUAUCCCUACUCGUGGGGUGGCUACACUGACAUCGACCUGGCGGUGGAUGAGACUGGGCUGUGGGUGGUGUACAGCACCGAGAAGGCCAAGGGAGCCAUCGUCCUCUCCAAGCUGGACCCUGAGACGUUGGAGAUCCGGCGCACCUGGGAGACCAACAUCCGCAAGCAGUCGGUGGCCAACUCCUUCAUCAUCUGCGGGACUCUGUACACUGUCAGUAGCUACUCCGCACCCAAUGCCACUGUCAACUUUGCCUACGACACGACCACCAGUACCAGCCGCAGCCUCAGCAUCCCCUUCGAGAACCGCUUCCAGUACCUCAGCAUGGUGGACUACAACCCGGCGGAGCGGCGGCUCUUUGCCUGGGACAGCUACAACAUGGUGGCCUACCCUGUGCGCCUUGCCCACGCCUGAGUGCCGACCGGCCCCCGGCCUCCUGCUGAUGCCUCAUGCAAAGAAAUCCCUUUGUGCUCCAUGAAACAAAGUGCUUCUCCAGGGCUGAGCUGUGCCGGUGGACACGUCCCUGUAUGGCCUUUGUGGGUCUGAGUGGGUGCUGGUGGUUCCCAACCCUGCUCCAGCAUCCUCCCAGCCCAGAGCUGGGAGCGGGCAGGGCUCAUAUGGGCAGGCUGCUGGCUGCCUUCCUGCUGGGACAGUGGGACUGGUGAGGGGGCACCUUCAGCCAUGCUGGCCCUCUGUUGCCCAGGAGCCCCUGCACUGCCCCUAUCCCAUCUGGCCUCGUCUCACCUCGCCUCGCCAGCAGCUCUCCCAUGCUGCUUUCAGAGCCCACAUUUAUCACUAUUUAUUGUAGAAAGGCUGUAGGAGGCUUGCUACCCCCUCAGCUUGGGGAAACGCUCCAAUAAAUGCUGCAGUAUUAAAUCAGAACAAAUGUCUGAGUUUCAACUGCUAACCAAGCUAGAGAUUUGCUUAAUAAA